CUCGCCAUGAUUUCCAAGAAAUUAUUUUUUUUUAACAAUGUCUGGAGGGUCCGCUAAUUUCCCCCAAAUUAUCUGCACGAAUGGCUGCAGUGGUAGGGGAUCCACCGAAAUUCAUAAAAACAAAAUUACAGUAGUUAUGGAUUAUUCAUGGAACACGAAGAGAUGCUCUCUCACGAGUGUUGAACAAUGAGGGGGAUCGUUUAUCGGGAUGAUAUCGGGUACCACAUGGUUCUGACAUUUUAAAAGGACUCCGACACCCGCUGGGAGACGUAGAAUGUCAUCGAGAGUACUUGCAAGUUUUAUCUUAUAGCUAAAAAAUCUUCAACCGCAUGUGGUAGCACUUGUGAAUAAAAAUAACACGUGCGAUGACAAACGAGAAUGACAUGAUGUGCCUGCAUUAUCAAUCUAGCGAAAGGGAAAGGAACGGGUAGAAAAUGUGUCGAAAUGAGGAGAGAUAAUUUAACAGUGGUAUUUUAUCUCGAGUUGAGCCAGUCACCGAACAUAUCGUCCAACGCUCUCAUUGAACAAAAAUUUCAGAGCAAGUGUUCAGAGAAAAAAUCAUUAUGAUCUCCGAAGUUCUUCCAUUCUGCUCUAAAUAUUGGUAUUACGUAAUUCUGGGGAUCGUGUCGUGCUGUUUUGCAAACGUGUUGUUUGCUCGUAAAAGAGGGAGAAAAUUGGUUGAUAACGGGAAAGAUAACUUGGAAAAAAUAUCGAGGGGAGACGAUGACUUACCUGCAUUACCCAAAGAUCUAGUGCAUAUUCCCUUUGUUUAUGAGAGACCGUCCGAGGAGAAAUUGAAAAAUCGUGCAAAUAAAUUCUACAAAAUUUGCAAUGCACGGAGGACCGUCAGGUUCUUCAGUCCUGAUCCCGUGCCACUCGGUAUUAUCCAUGACAUUAUUAGAGCAGCCGGCACUGCACCUAGUGGUGCUCACACCGAGCCAUGGACGUUUGUUCUUGUUUCCAAUGAUAAGAUGAAAGGGGACAUCAGGGAUGUGGUUGAGAGGGAGGAGAGGCUCAAUUAUUACAAGCGAAUGGGUAAAAAAUGGACCAUUGACUUGACACCACUCAAGACAAAUUGGGUUAAGGAGUAUCUUACAACAGCUCCAUACCUUAUUUUGGUUUUCAAACAGACUUAUGGGCUUCUGCCUGAUGGUAGGAAGAAGAUUCAUUACUACCACGAAAUGAGUGUGGCGAUUGCAUGUGGCAUCCUCCUCACGGCGAUCCAGUAUGCCGGACUCGUUACACUGACGUCAACGCCUCUCAACUGUGGACCAGCACUGCGUAGCCUUCUAGGCCGACCCCCUUCUGAAAAACUCUGUCUGUUACUUCCAGUUGGUUAUCCAGCUGUCGACGCGACCAUUCCAAAUCUUCAUAGAAAACCACUAGCCGAUAUUCUUGUUGAGAUAUGACUGAGAAUGAUAGAUGGCUAUAUUUUUGUACAUUACCUCAUUAAUGAAUAGAGCAGUUAGUAGAAACUAA